CUCAUUUCAACAGAUUGAAAUGUAAGCCUGUCUCCAGCGCCGUCAGGAAACAGAUCGAGAAUUUUGUCCCUGUUGUUCCUUAUCGCGCAAGAAAAUUUUCUUGGACGCGGUUUAGGACAGUGGACACGCUGGACGCGGAGCAGGAUCCACGCAGGAGGCACAAACCGGACACCGUGUUCUUCGUUUGCGGCUUUAACACGAUGGAGCCAGCCUUCGGUGAGGUGAACCAACUCGGCGGUGUUUUCGUGAACGGCAGGCCGCUCCCCAACGCGAUCCGGCUCAGGAUAGUGGAGCUGGCCCAGCUCGGUAUUCGACCGUGUGACAUCAGCAGGCAGCUGCGCGUCUCCCACGGCUGCGUCAGCAAGAUCCUGGCCCGCUACAACGAGACCGGCUCCAUCCUCCCAGGGGCCAUCGGAGGCAGCAAGCCGCGGGUCACCACACCCACCGUGGUCAAGCACAUACGGACAUACAAGCAGAGAGACCCGGGGAUUUUUGCCUGGGAGAUCCGGGAUAGGCUACUCGCCGAUGGGGUUUGCGACAAGUUCAAUCUGCCCUCCGUCAGCUCCAUCAGUCGGAUCCUCCGCAACAAGAUCGGGAAUCUGUCUCAGCAGAGCCAGUAUGAGUCGGGCAAGCAGGCGCCUCACCCACCGCCACAACCAACGAUACCCUACAACCACUUAUACUCAUACCCGACAUCCAAAGUGCCCACUCCCCCUGGCAUGCCCACCCUUCCCGGACACAUGGCCAUGCACAGGAUAUGGCCUUCCUCGCACUCUGUGACAGAUAUUCUGGGGAUACGGUCUAUUACAGAGCAACAAAUUAGUGACAGUCCAUCCUUUUCCAGCGCCAAACUAGAAGAAUGGAGCGCUAUAAACAGGACUAAUUUCCCACCAGCAAUCGCUCCACUAGUCAAUGGCAUGGAUAAACCGCAUUUAGAACCUGAGGCAAAAUACACACAGACGCCGAAUGGAUUGCCCACAGUGAACAGCUAUGUCACAGCACCCAGCAUCCCUCCCUACCACCCUCACACCACCCAAGUGUCACCCUACAUGGGGUACAGCGCCACCACGUCGGCCUAUGUGACCGGUCCCACAUGGCAGCCGGCCAGUGGCAGUGCUCUAUCUCCCCACAACUGUGACAUCACCACCCCUCUGGCCUUCAAGAGCAUGACAGCCAACCGUGACGCCAUCCACCCAGUCACUGCCUCGGCGCUGUGAAGUCAGACUGAUGGGAGAGAGAGUGGGGGAGUGAGGGAGGGCGAGGACAUGAGACACCAAGUCGGUCCCCCCUGGCUUCAUUUCAUUCCCACUGCCUCCUUUCCAUGAAGGACUCGGCCCCCGGACCCAUAUUUCUGCCCCUCCUCCUCUGCUACACACAGUCCGACCAAAGACAAACAAGGAAUAAACAGUCAUUUUUUUUCACUACAAACUUUGUUGUCUGAAAGAACUUGCAGGACAGACAGGUGUACUGAAGGACUGAUGUAUGACUGCUCCUCCAUCCAUCAACACAAUUCCUCUCAGAUUUUUUUACUGCACACUUCUGCAAAUGUCUUUGGGCAAAAUGGGGUAAUGUAUAACUUCAUGAGUAAGCAAUCAAAGAAGGGAAAACUUUGCAUUAGUUUUUCAGGGUGCUUAAUAAUUGCUAUUGGUUUUUUAAAAUGUUUGUAUGCUUUUUUUGUGUUAUGUUUUGAUAAAAGUAACUGUCUUAUGGAGCAUUGUUUUCCCACUUCUCUUAAAAUGUAGCCUAUGCAAGAGCUCCAGCGAGAAGUUUAUUUAUUAGAUUAAAGUACGUUGAAUGAAGUGCAAUUCGCCUUACAGACAGCAUGGGAAUCUCCACGCACGUUUAGACAAAAUUGGCAUUGGUCUUAUGUUGGAGUCUAGAGCAUUAACAAUUGACAAAUGUUGCACAAUGAAAUUGAAUGUAUCUUAUUAAAUUGUUUGGCUGUUAUUGGUC